CCGAUACUCUCUUUCAUCAGCUCUUCAACAAACAAAUACUUUUUUGUGAACACUUUCUACCUCUAUGACGCUGUAUAUAGUUAUUUGGAAUAUUUUAUAUAGACUGUUUAAAAUUCUGCUCGAUUUUAUGAGUUUUCAGAACUUGAAUUUCCAUCAGUAGCCUAAUUAAAUUCAAAGGUAUCAGAGAAAGUGCAAUGAAGACUGGACGUAAGGUUGAAUAAAUUUAAGUAGGCCUAUUAAGGUGUUCAUAUUGUAUUUGAAAGCAUAUAAUAGGCUUAUAACAGGAGUAUCAAAAAUUAAGAUUGUAUAUCCAGCUGGUAGCUUGUUUAUUGUUGGUCCAACUAGCUAACGACCAGUUUAGACCAGCUACAAACCGUGUUCCAAAGCUAGAUUUUACAGCAGUUGGCCAAGACGCCCAAGUGAAACAUGCUUGGUCUUAACAACACCAACUGGUAGCCUGCGCAUUAAACACUCAUUGCAAAGCAAAUGUUUGACUCGGUGGAAAGAGGAGAGCUCGGUGUCACCGUGGUCACUGGCGUUAAUCGUAGAGAUGAUGAGUAGGGCAUCUCCGGUAACGGCGCGCGUUUGGCUGAGCGAGCGGCGGCUGGUGCGUGUCUCUCGCGCGCGCUGAGUAUACAGUUACACGCGUAACUGAUGGUGUCGUAUUUAUAGGACGUAGUGUGUUUUACUUCAUGUGGACGGGGCUGCAAGAAGACCAUGCAUUGCUGUAUUGUAUUUCUAUCUAUCUAUCUAUCUAUCUAUCUAUCUAUCUAUCUAUCUAUCUAUCUAUCUAUCUAUCUAUCUAUCUAUCUGUCUGUCUGACUUAAGUUUCUUCUCUUUUUUUAGCAGGGGGUCUACACCAUUUACAACAAAAUAGUUGCUACAGUUGAGUUUGCUGUAGUAAGGAAUCAAGAAACUGUCACAUUUUCAAUGAAAUACAUCUUAGCAGCAUCUUAGCAUAUUUUUCUUUUCUUAAUGAAAGAAUCAUAAGAUAUGGUGAAGGGCACCAGAAUGCUCACAAGAAUGCUGUUUUGGGCAAAAAUGAGAUUGUAUAUUUUUUUUUUUUUAAGAAAGGCACAAUUUACACAAGACAGAGUUCUUGACUAGAGCUGGCAUGCUCAUUGAGUGAUAUCACAACCCAAGAGAUAGAGAAGAGAAAGAGAGAGGCAGUGGGAGUUGUCUACACGAUCAUGUUUCAGAUAGCAGCAUUGUCGCUAAAUAGACCAGAACAGAUAGAUUGUAAGAUAACGCAAGGCACGUUACUGUGGGUAAAACAUUUAACUCAAACCACACAGAGUUUACAUCAGUGUGAGUUUGUUGCUGUUGUUUUAAACCUGGUAAAUCUGUUUUCAAAGAAGUGAAAAACGCUGAAUCACUGCAUUUAGGUCUUAUUUGCUUCCAGAUUUCAGCCGUGGUGAUAACAGUAGCGUUGUGGUGAGAGCUGCCUGUGUUCUUAUGUUAUGUACACAUGCCUUUUAAAGUGGUUUUGUUUUAAACACACAGCAAUUGCCCAAUGGAAGAUAAAAUCGUAGACACAGUAAUGUACGGAGAUGUUUUGGGACUGUGCAUGAAUAUUUGUACAUCUCUGCAGUGGUUCUUCAGUUAAUCCCAACUUCAAUCAACUUCUGUCUGUCUGUCUGUCUAUCUAUCGUUCUAUCGUUCUAUCUAUUGUUCUAGCUAGCAUGCUUACAAUAGAUGUUUAUUUUAUUUUGUUUAUUUGCUCUCUUUUCUGGUGUGCUCAAGAACAUCUGUGUUUUUCCAAUCACCAUAGGCUAUAACAUACUUUUUUCUAUUCAAUUUAGGACUGUUUUACGGGUGACAGACUCUGUCUUUUGAGUCUACUUAAGUUUAGUUUUAGGUCUAAACUGUGUCUCAGAACCGUUAUCUGGUCACCCUCUUACGAAUAGGUCUAUAAGUGCUGUUUCAACCGUUUGGCAGGUGAGUCGUUUGAGCAACUGAUUUCACACUCAGCUGGUGCACAUGUGAGGAUUCCUCUCUGCUGUAACUGCUGAAGUCUGUGUAGUCUGCAGUUAUGUGUUAACACUGGUGAAGACAGCCCAUAGUAGGAAGGAAAUCCUCCUGCUGUGAUGUUUAAUAGUUAUUUCUGGAACUGGCAAACCACAAAAACAAACACUUGCUAAUGGGAAUAAUCCUCCCAUAAUGUUCUUCUCUGCAGCUUGUCUGCCUUUAAGUCUUCACAAAUUCUUCAAUAACGAAUAGGAAUGAUAGUAGACAAUAUACUGUUUGAUACAGUUGCAUCAACGCACUCUGCACAUCAUCAUUGUUAUUUAGAUCAACAUCAGCUGAUUUGAAAUCUGUCAAGACACUUGCAUCUGCCAUUGUCCGUAGUUUCUUGGCAAAUCGGGUGUGCCAAGGGAGGGACGCAGUUUACGGAAGGUGAUGUUUAUGGGCCUUAUAAGUCCUGCUGUGCCUGACGUCCUACAGCUGUAAGAUCUUUGAUUCUCUUCCAGCAUACCAUCUUUUGUUUUUGGAUAAAAAAAUCUUGUCCCACUAAGCACACACAAACACACACAUACCACUUUUUUUUUUCUUUUCCAAGUAAGAGCUCCCCAAGUUCAUGUUCUGUUUCACGAUUAGGAUGUUUUCAGUCUUUAAUCUAAACCACAAAUACACAGUCAAGAGAAGAGAUAUUUUUACAAUCCAAACAGGAAUGUACAAUAACAAUGUAUCUUUACCAAAGAUAACAUUAGCUCUUUUUAAAGCAGUCAGUGUAUCUGGUUGUUUUGAGAUAUGGGGUCAGGCCACUUAAAUUACUGAGUCUUUGUCAUUUAUGUUUCUGUUUUAUAUCACAUAAAUGUGGACCUGCCAAGAAGCUGCACUGAAAGUUUUACUAAAAAAGAGAGAGGGAUGCUAGUGACAAACAAACUUGAUUCUAUCAUUCUAAACAGUUAUGAGGACCUGUAUGACUAAAUACUUGAUCUCCUCUACUUUUUCCAUUUAUUUUUGUUGUUUAGUUUCAGAUCUUUCCUGUCCUCCUUUCACCCCAUCCUGCUUUCUUUAAAUCUUGAAUGAGUGUUGGGUCUCUUGUUUCACGACUGUUUCUUUCUCCUAUUUUCUAUGAGUGCUCAGUAGUUGGCUGAGCGUUAGAUAACAGGUGUUUGAUGCAAACCUGCAUUGUGUUUUUCAUCUGAACUGUGAUGUCGUCUGCUGGUUACAGGAAUGAUAACAUUUGCUAUUUGACUAUCAGACGUAUUAAUGCAAACAUGACGUUUCAGGGCUGAUUCUGAAUCUUGCGCUUUGUUUUAGCUUCAUGUUGCUACAGUUGAGUGUCUCAUGCAAAUGGGGGGGGGGGUGUUCUGGGGUGAUCCGAGUCCCCCCACAAGACAUUAGGCAUUUAAGAAGUAAAAAAAAGACUUAGGGGGGUCCCCCAGAUAUUUUAAUUUUAGUAAAGAUAACAGACAAAGGCCUAAAUGCCCCUUCUUAGGCUAAUGACUUUCUUUGAGGGGUAAUUUUCUCUCUCUCUAUCUUUCUACUAUAUUUAUCCAUUCCACGUCGGGGCUUUUGUAUUGCUUACAUAAAUCAGAAACAUGCACUCAUUUUUCAUUAUUUCUAUUUUUUUUUACAUUUUAUAAUUAUUGUAAAGUAAUCAAAACUGAUUUGUGGCAUCAAAACUAAUUAUGUUGAAAAUAAGUCAAAAUGAUUGUGCAUGACAUUCUUUUAAAUAUGUGAAACUCAUUCGCGAAUAAUUAUUCCUGUGCCUCUGAUGAAUAUGACAUUAAGACUCUCCAGUGAGUUUGGAAGCUAUCUGAUUAGGCCUAUACUGUUUUUUGAGACAUUUAAAUGUAUUUGUAGUCAUAUGCUUUUUGUGGGUCUUCAAGUGCCUUAUAUCAAGUCAAGUCAAGUGACUUUUAUUUUUAUAGUGCUUUAUGCAACACAGAUUGUGUCAAAGCAGCUUCACAGUGAUAAACGGGAAAAUAAAAUGAAUCAAUUAUGGAAACUCAACUUUGGAUAUUCUGCUGUAAAGCAGCCCUAAAAGACAAUAGUGUCAUUAUUUAGCUCAAAUUUAGCUUAUAUGUAGUAGUCACCUGCUUCUUUUGCCAUUUUUGCCCUAUUGGGUCUGCUGCUUUAUCACCCUCUAAAUUGAGUAUUACUUAGGGUAAGCCAUUUAAAGGAAGAAUAGUAGCUUAUCUCUCUUUGUUAUAUCUCUGUUUGCCAUUGCCUGGACUGAAAAUGUAAACAUUUUUAUUCCUAAACAAAAAAGCCUGUAAUUUUAUGUAAGCGUGCUUUAAUAAAUGGUAUAUAGUUAUGAACAGAUAUAUAUUUUUUAAUUAUAAAUAUAUUUUAUAUUACACCCCCAUAAUACUUGAUUCAAUUUGAGCAUUGCCUGCAUGGUCCCUAUCACUGAAGGGGAAAAUUACAAGUAAAUAAGGCUUAAAUUUUGACUAUGCCUUCAAUUUUUGACUAUGCCUUCAAGAGACUUGCGAUGGACUUUUAAGGUGGGAUAAUAGCAUAGCCUCAUACAGCUACACAAUGGUCUGAUUUGUUUCUCAUUUCUCUAAGAUAUUGAAAUUAUGUCACAGUGAUUGUCUUGCUGCAUGGCUACUAACUUUUAGGAGUCAUUCACAUACAGCGAGACACCUAUAUAAAGGAAAAACGAUUAAAAAAAGAGUCUUAGAAUGGCAGAACCCAACAAGACAAGUAUGAUGGCAUUUUUACUACAAUAUUUCAGCCACACUCUUAAGUUUCAGGGCUCGAUAAUAUUUUUAUAAUACAUAUAUAAGGUAGUGAUGAUAUUUUGUAGUUGUCCAGUAGUUGUCUGUCAUUAGAAUUGAGAUUUAUUUACAACCUUCAGGCUCUACCACCUUUACCCCUGACAUGCAUGUUUAAUGUUUUCUGAAGAGUUUUGAUUCAACUUUACGUAUUGGUUAUAAAAUCAAAAACACAUGUAGGCACCCCUAAAAUGUAGUUGAAUAUGAUUCAUGUUGAAAAAUAACAUGAAUCAAAAUGUAUUUUUUUUUGUUUUGUUUUUUUAUUUCAAAAUAUGAUUUAACUGUCUUUUUGUUCAUGUCCAGUAAGAAAGUAUGUUUAAUGCAAGUGUUUUGUUGCUGGCCAAUGACUGUUGAACUUUAUUGUUACAUCAUGACGUGAGUUACGUGCGGGAGAAGGAAGGGAGGAGCAUCGCACAUGGCAAGAGAAGACUGCUAGAAAUUUCACUGCGUGUGUUAAAAAGUGCAUCAUUUUGGAGACUUCAUAUAUUUCUUUUAAAUAUACGGCCCAAAGUGUAGAGUAACGGUACUCGUUUUGUUUUCUGUUGUUUAUUUAAAGUGUAUUUCAUUAUUUUAUUUUAUUUUUUUGUCAACGCGCAGAGUCAAGUCAUGUGUGAGUGUGACUAGGGCUUAACAGCUAGUGACAUUUCAAGUUCGUAACAAUAACUGUUGAGAAAGUUAUUGGACAUUCAUGGAGUCAUCGCAUGUUGGACAGAUCUUGUGGUUCGUCAUGGGACGUGGAUCUACUGGAUUCAUUGCGUGUUCGGGACUGCUCAUGAUGGGAAACAGUGUGUUCGUGGCGUACGUAAUCUCAACAUUGCUUCAAUUUCAUCGGAUGGAUCUAGCGUACACUUUGAUCGUGGAGGCUUGGGACUGGGAUAACCAAACGACCACCGACAACAGUGAUGAUCUAUUGAUUGAGAGGAGUAUUAAUCGUGGAGAAAUGAACCCCGGAGAGGAGCGACGGAUCAUUCCGUACAAAGGCCCAACAGCCAGCAUCCAGUACAGCGUGCGUGUGCGCUGCGACCGAUAUUACUACGGCAACAAGUGCAACAAACAGUGUCGCCCCCGAGAUGAUUACUUUGGCCAUUACACAUGUGAUCACUUUGGCAAUAUGCAGUGCAUGGAGGGCUGGACCGGGCCAGACUGCAAGAAAGCUAUCUGUAAGCAAGGCUGCAGUGAGCUUCACGGAAUCUGUGACACUCCAGGAGAUUGUGUGUGUAAGUACGGCUGGCAGGGCCCACUGUGCGAUGAGUGUUUGCCGUACCCGGGGUGUAUGCAUGGCACCUGUGUGAAACCCUGGACGUGCACCUGCGAGAAGAACUGGGGAGGACUUCUCUGUGACAAAGAUCUAAAUUACUGUGGCACACACAAGCCCUGUGUAAAUGGAGGCACAUGUCUGAAUACAGAGCCAGAUGAAUAUUUCUGCUCUUGCCCUGAGGGUUACUCUGGCAAAAACUGCCAUAUCGCCGAGCAUGCGUGCAUGUCAAAUCCAUGUGCAAAUGGCGGGACAUGUCAUGAGCUGGCAUCAGGGUUUGAGUGCCAGUGUCCCCCAGGGUGGGAUGGCCCAACUUGUGCUAAAGACAAAGAUGAGUGCAAGUCAAACCCGUGCGCUCAUGGGGGGACCUGCUUUGAUCUGGAGAAUGGCUUUGACUGUUUAUGCCCCCCACAGUGGACUGGCAAGACCUGUCAGAUAGAUGUGAAUGAGUGUACGAGGAAACCUUGUCUAAAUGCUUAUGCUUGUAAAAAUCUAAUUGGUGGAUAUCAUUGCAACUGUUACCCAGGCUGGGCGGGACCGAACUGUAAUAUCAAUGUCAACAGCUGUUACGGUCAGUGUCAGAAUGGAGGAACCUGUCAGGAUGGUCGUCAUGGUUACCUGUGCCAGUGCCAGUCGGGAUUUAUGGGAAGACACUGUGAAGUGCAGCAGAGCAGGUGUGCAAGCUCCCCAUGUCAAAAUGGCGGACGGUGCCGUUCGCUAGCCACGGGCUAUGAGUGCGAGUGUCAGUACGGAUACACUGGAACCAACUGCGAGGUGCAGGUGGAUCUAUGCAGUCCAAACCCGUGUCAGAAUAAAGCCCAGUGUCACUCUGUGCAGGGAGAUUUUUACUGCGCCUGCACAGAUGAAUAUGAGGGGAAAACAUGCAGUCAGCUACGAGACCACUGCAAGACCAGCACCUGCCAAGUGAUUGACAGCUGUACUAUUGCCGUGACAACCAAUGGCACAGAAAAAGCGGUACGACACAUCUUAUCAAAUGUGUGUGGUCCUCACGGGCGCUGCAUCAGCCAGUCAGGAGGAAACUUCACUUGUGCCUGCCAACCAGGAUUCACUGGCACAUACUGUCAUGAGAAUAUAAAUGACUGUGCAUCGAAUCCUUGUAACAGCGGAGGAACAUGCAUUGAUGACAUCGACUCGUUCCGCUGUGUCUGUCCUGAUGGCUUUGAUGGGCAACUCUGUGACCUGGACGUGAAUGAGUGUAGUGGUGAUCCCUGUCUAAAUGGAGGUUUUUGUGUUGAUCUGCUGAAUGAUUUCUACUGUCGCUGCACUGACAACUGGAAAGGAAAGACGUGUAACUCACGAGACAAUCAGUGUGAUUCCAGUACUUGUGCUAACGGAGGAACGUGCUACGAUCACGGAGACUCGUUCCGAUGUGCGUGUCCUUCCGGCUGGGGUGGCAGUACCUGUAACACGGCCAUGAACAGCUCGUGUGAAUCCGGUCCGUGUCUAAAUGGCGGGACUUGUAUUGGAGGGGGCAGCGUCUUCACCUGCGUCUGUAAGGAUGGAUGGGAAGGGCCUACCUGUGCUCAGGAUGUUGAUGACUGCAACCCUCAUCCCUGUUAUAAUGGGGGACAGUGUGUGGACGGGGUCAACUGGUUUCGUUGUGAGUGCGCACCAGGAUUUGCUGGGCCUGACUGUCGCAUCAACAUAGAUGAGUGUCAGUCCUCUCCAUGUUCGUAUGGAGCCACAUGUGUGGAUGAGAUUAAUGGAUAUCGCUGUCUGUGCCCAGUGGGACGAGCUGGACCACGCUGCCAGGAGUUCAUUGGUGUUGGGAAGGCUUGCGAUCGCUCGGGGUUGCAGCUUCAUCACGGUGAUCGUUGGGAGGAUGGGUGCAACAGCUGUCAGUGCAUGAAUGGAAACAUCAGAUGCACUAAAGUGCAUUGUGGUCGUCAGCCCUGCAUGUUGCAGUCAGACUCCAGUGAGCCACAGCACCCCCUGUGUCCACUAGGACAGAAGUGUGUAGCGCAUGAUGUUCUGUCUUGCCUUCGUCCACCCUGCAGUCAGCUGGGGUUAUGCUCCACCUCUGAAAGUCUACAGCCCAUCCGCACUCGGUGCCUACCCAACAACGGCUACCUAGAUGAUAACUGUGCUCAUGUUACGCUUGUAUUUGACUCUGACAGUGUCCCGCAGGGCACAACUGCUGAAGGUGUUUGCACAGAGCUAACGUAUCUGCCAAUCACACGAACCCUGGCCAAAGACCACACCCUUUUCAUUCUUUGUGACCAAUCACCGUCCAACCAUAAUGCUGUGGAGGUUGCUAUGUCAUAUGAGCAAAACGACUUUGUUGAGGGACGAGCUCAGAUACAGGAUGUUGUCCGCUCCAUCAUUGAUGUUCUGUCCAAACCUCACAACAGCACGUUACUGUUGGCCGUGAGAGAGGUCAGAGUUGACACUCAGGACCCGCGUCCCCAAGUUGGUUACCUCAUCCCGUUGCUGUGUGUGUUAUUUGUGGUAUUAUGGAUCUCAUGUGUCAUUGUGUGCGUGUGGUGGUUCCGGAGACGCAGGAAAGCGAGACAAAGAGAGGACACGCAGAUGGAAGAGAGCAUCAACAACCAGCGUGGGACACUACUGAGCACUCGCACACCUCACAAAGACAACACAGACCCUCUGCAGGAGAACAAGAACCUGCUUUACCCUCUGGAUCGGGUUGGAGACGGAGCCGAGCGAGAGGACGAGGAGGAAGAGGGAGAUGAAGAGAGUGACAGAGGGGUAGUACUGCAUAAGUGCUCAUCUCUCGCGUACUCGAAAGGGGAUGCAGUGUACACUAUACACACUACAGCCCAAAAUCAGCCACACAGGACACACUACAGCAGCAAAGACAACCGCUGCAAGAACAAUGUGAACGAGCACAUGAAAGAUCAUUACGUAUGAAAGAGCCAGACAAACUGGAAAAACAUAUAAGUAUUUUUUUUCACUGACUGAUCUGAAAGCAUCUGGGGCUUGUGCGAUUGGUGUUUUUCAUCCUUUUUUCAUCGUGUAGUCAAAUGAAACAGGGAUUUGUGUCACAUAAAUGCAGCAAAUCAGACUUUCAGAGAAUGGUUUUCAAAAUCCUUUUCUUUUGUUUACACUUGCACUCACUUUCCUUAAAAGAAGGACAUUUUUACACAAGGCUGAACUUUGAGAUUAUGUCUGUGAACAGUGGCGAGACCUUUGACCCUUGGGGCUGAGGAGAAAUCAGCGAUAGGCAGCUUUAAAGUGUUUUUGAUUAUGUCCAGACCUGCCCAAAGUCAAGUGUUAGGAGCUGUUAAAUCUUCCAGAGGUAUAUAUAUUCAAGUGCCUCAUUAAACCUUCACGAUAGUUCUUACACCUUUUAUAUACAUUUUUAAUGAUGAUACUCACAUGUUGGUUCUUAUUGUUUUUGUUAACAAAUGUUACAUACACACUUAACGGGUUAGUUCACCCAAAAAAGGAAGAUUUUGUCACCAUUUACUCACCUUCUUGUCAUUCUAAACCCAUAUGACCAUCUUUCUUUUGUGUAACACAAAAAUUAACAUAAGAGUGCAGUUAAUCGCACAGGAACUGGAGUUUUCAUCUUCAAAAGGGGCUCAAAAGCAGCAUAAAGUAUCAUCAAAGUAUCAUAAAAUACAUUUGUAUGUAAUAUUAGUAGUCUUUUGGAGCCAUAUGUCAAAUUUUGGUCUGUUUGUCAGAUCAUGAAUCAGACACUCUCUACUUCUCUCACCAAGGAGAUCUAGGGCGGAUGUCAAGAUAUUCACUGAAGGCUUUUUUAAAGAUACAUUUAUGGUGCUUUUUGUAAUUAUGGCGCUUGAAAGCCUCAGUCCUCAUUCACUUUCUAUAAACAGAAAAGAGAGAGAAUGACAUUUGGAAUGACAUAAAGGUGAGUAAAUGAUAACAGAAUUUUCAUUUUUGGAUGAAUUAUCCCUUUAAAGGCCAAUUCACACCACGCAGACAAACACCCAACAAACAAGUUUUGUUGGAUCAGUGUGUUUUGGCAUUGGUUGGGGUUUGUUUUUACCCGAAUGAACAUGUUCAAUCAGCGGUUGUUGGUGUCUGUUAGGGCAGUGUGAACAUGACAGUUAUUUUUCAUAAAAUUUUAAAUCCAACAGGCAACUUGUUUGUUGGCGUUCAUCUGUGUGGUGUGAAUUGGCCUUAAGACUAUUGAGAUAAAAGGUUUACUUUUUUAUUGAAAUUCACCUUCUUUGGGAAUUGGUACUCGUAGUCCAGACAGUAAAAGAGUAUUCUGACUGAUACACUUUCACUCAGCUCUUGAUAGGUGAAAUUAUAGCUCAUUUUUUGUGUUCUUUCACAUGACAGAACAGUCAUAAUGUAAAAAAUCAAGGGCCACUUCACUCUGCACUAUUGUGUUGUCCCAAAACAUUUGGCUUUUUGGUCACACAGUAGAGGAAAUUUAUUUUAGUUCUUUAAUUACUAAGAGAUAAUUCAUUAUAAUGACAAAAUAUGCAUAUGUACAUAUGUAAAUAGUGAAAAAAGACAUAGCUGUGUAUAUUUGAGUUUAGUAAGUUAUGUGACACCUUUUUAUUAUUGUCAUUCUUAGAAUUAUUAUUACUUUUUCUUAUUCUCUCCUUCAGCCGCUCUCUUUUUCAACAAUGUCAUUCCUUUUAUUUAUGUUGGCCAGGAAAUGUUUUAUAUAUAAAUAUGUAAAAUGGCCACAGGCUGUUAGUCUGUGGGGAAAUACUCUAAACAUUGAUGAUCUGUCUUCAUGUUAGAAUAGAUUAUCUGUGUUAUUUUUUUAUGACUUUCCUAAUGAAUGUCGACUUGGGAUUGGACACAUUGACCAUGCUGAAAGUAAAAAUCAACGACAAAUGUUGUCACUGAUCACUACUUCUGAAGGUCUAAAUACUUCAUUGGAAGAAGACUAAAAAACGAAAAGACUAAAAAAUAUACUGCGUGUCCGAGUGGCACUUGUCUCCUUGGAGAAGUCCAACACCUGCAUUUUCAAGCCACUGUCAGUCAUGGAGUAAUUAUGUGUUUAUAUUAGUGUCCCAGACUGUCUGGCUUUUAAGUUGGAUGUUGGAAGACUUUGGAAGAUUUUUAUUAUUUUUAUUCUUAAAUGUUUUCAGAACAUCAUUGCUUGGUAUUACGCUACAAUUCAAACUGAACCACAAACAGACCAGAGUCUCUUCAUGAAAUGACCCACGUCAAGAACAGAAAACACUUGAUUUUAAAGUGUAUCUUCUGAGUAUUGUGUUGAAAACUUAAAAAAUGGUACUAUAUUACUAUAAUACCAUUUUACAAAAGAAUACAAUGAGUAAAGAGUUAAUUAUGUUAUCUGAAAACCUCCCUCAUUUAGGGUGGCUGGGGUAUAUUUUCCCCUCCUUUAUUUAUGAGCUGUUCUGUCAAAUUUGAUUGGGGUCAAAUCAAAUGCAAUUUUUCAAGGUUUCUGGAACGUCAGGAAAUUUGUAUCAGUGCAUGUUGCUGUGGCUGAAUGAAGGGAACAAUUUAUGUUUCAUUUGGCAUCUUUAGUGCAGAAAAAUAUAUGAGUUGCAUAUAGAAAAAAAUUGAUAAUGCAAAAUGUGAUAGUAAUUCAGAUGUAUUCACUUUUUGAAUCAUGCCAUUUUCAUUAUUGUAAUAUAAAAGAAUUGAAACACAAUACAGGUAAAAAAAAAAAAAAAAAAAACCUCAAACUCCAAACGUCCAUUAUUACUGGCUGUGAUUAGUUCUACAUGCACUGAAUCUGGCAUUUCAUUUGUUACAUCUGUUUGAUUUUCCCAACAAGUAUUUAUUAAAGACUUUUGUACCUA